AAGAAAUAGCCAGCUCUCUCCUCUCUCAUCCACGCUCUCUCUCUCUCUUUCUCUUCUUUCCUUCUUCACAUUCAUCUCAUCCCGAGUUUUAUACUGUUGUACCAACGGUUAAAAAUCAUUUGGUGUCAAGUACUGAGCAGAGAGGAUUUCUCAGAUUUAUACCUUUUGUUAUCAGUACAUGUAGGCUCUGUUCUGGGCAAAGAGAGAUUCCUCAGAGUUUGAAGACAGAGCAACAUGAAUAGAGCAAAAAUGAGCACAACAAAAUUGAAGCGAAAAGUUGGGAAGUAUGAGCUUGGCCGGACAAUUGGAGUAGGGACUUUCGCGAAGGUCAGGUUUGCUAGGAAUUGCGAAACGGGGGAACAUGUAGCCAUCAAAAUCCUCGAUAAGGAGAAGGUUCUUAAGCACAAAUUGGUUGAACAGAUCAAACGGGAAAUUGCCACUAUGAAGUUAAUAAAGCAUCCAAAUGUUGUUCGUCUACAUGAGGUAAUGGGAAGUAGAACAAAAAUCUUCAUUGUUCUAGAGUAUGUUACUGGGGGAGAGCUUUUUGACAAGAUUGAUGGCCGAAUCAAAGAGGAUGAAGUGAGGAGAUAUUUUCAGCAGUUAAUCAAUGCAGUUGAUUUUUGCCAUAGCAGAGGUGUAUAUCACCGAGACUUAAAGCCUGAAAAUUUACUACUCGACUCAUAUGGAAAUCUCAAAAUAUCUGACUUCGGACUAAGUGCGCUUUCUCAUCAAGUGAAGGAUGAUGGCUUACUUCAUACAUCUUGUGGUACUCCAAACUAUGUUGCUCCUGAGGUUCUUAAUGAUGGAGGUUAUGAUGGAGCGACUGCAGACUUGUGGUCCUGUGGGGUUAUUCUAUUUGUCUUGCUUUCUGGUUAUUUGCCUUUUGAUGAUUCUAAUCUCAUGAGAUUGUAUGAAAAGAUUUCAAAUGCAGAAUUUUCAUGCCCAUCUUGGUUUUCUCCUGGAGCAACGAGAUUGAUACAAAGAAUUUUAGAUCCUAACCCUAUGACGAGGAUUACUAUCUCUGAAAUAUUGAAGGAUCAAUGGUUCAAGAAAGGUUAUAAACCUCCUGUAUUUGAUGAGAAAUAUGAUACAAAUUUGGAUGAUGUCGAUGCUGCUUUUGAGGAUUCAGAAGUGAGUGAAAGAUGGGCUUCAGUUACAGAUACUGAUCACCAUGUUGUUGAAGAGAAAGAAGAACAACCUGCAGCUAUGAAUGCAUUUGAACUGAUUUCAUUGUCAAAAGGAUUAAACCUUAACAACUUUUUCGACGUGGAGCAGGAGUACAAAAGAGAAACACGGUUUACCUCGAAAUGCCCUGCAAAUGAGAUCGUAAGCAAGAUCGAAGAGGCUGCAAAGCCUCUAGGCUUUGACAUUCAGAAGAAAAAUUACAAGAUGAGGCUGGAGAAUUCGACUGCGGGGAGGAAGGGAAAUCUCAACAUUGCGACUGAAAUAUUUCAAGUGGCCCCCUCUUUCCAUAUGGUUGAGGUAAAGAAAUCUAAAGGAGACACCCUGGAAUUCCAAAAGUUUUACAGAAGUCUAUCGAUCGGCCUGAAGGAUGUUGUCUGGAAAUCUGAAGAGGACAUGCAAGAUCAUUUACUCAAUUGAAAGAAGUUUUCCCCAGUUCCAGCAUCUUAAAAUUUAUAUCUAUUUUUCCUUUUAUUUUUCCCUUCUUCUUUUUUUUUUUUUUUUUUUUUUUUUUUUGAGCAGGUUUUGGUAGGAAGCCUGAAGCCCCCAGUGAGAGUUGUUUGCCUGUUUUUAUCAUUUUUUCAUUCUAUGCAAAUCUUUCAUUGUAAAUUUUCUGCCCAAAAACUUGCCGCCUAGUUUACCUCUUGCACAUGAAUAACAUGAUGUCGUAGUAUGUCAUGUUUUCUGUUUCCUUUUUUGACGAAUAAAUUGAAACCAGUCUUUUCUUA